AUCCUCUACGCGCAGCUUUUGGGGUCCGAGAGCCUCCCCAGGCCGCCGCGCCCCACGAAAGCCCGCGACCGGGUCAGCCGCCAUGGCAGUCGUGGCGGCGGGCUCAGGGGCUCCAUGGGACCAGGAGGCGGCAGAGCCCCUGCUGAGCGGAGCCGAGGAGGGAGUUCUUGAACAUGUCCUGGCCGUUCAUGAGCAGGAUGCUCCAGGAGAUCGGGGACAGCAUGAAGAACCAGGCGCUGGACGACAAGGACAUGCCCAAGUUUGUGGAAUCCAUGGCCUCGUCCUUCCUGGACAACGUGUGGGCGGACGUGGCGACCGAGAUCCAGCGGGGGGUGGAGGACGCCUUCGUCCGCAGCGACCUUCGUGAGCUGGAGGUGCAGCGCAGCAGGGCGAAGAAAGGGCCCGUCGCCGACAGCUGCUGGAUGGCUGUGUUUUAUCCGGAGCUGCGCAGGGUAGUGUUGUACCACUUCCUCCCAUGUGACAAGACAAUGUUUGGAAAGCUGAAGGAUCCUGUGUGCCUGCUGUUCUACGCGAUCACAUGCAUCCCACUGCACGGUGUGCGUCCUCUGUUCUUUCUUGCCGUCUUCCUCAUGCUCGUGGUCCCCGGGCCACCGGACGAGUUCCAGAUCAUAAACUUCAUCCUUCAGCUCAAGGGUAGUCAGUUCCUGUCGUCGGGCCUCAUCCAGAUGUCUGCAGGCUCCAUGAAGUACUUCUGCUGCUACUCGCGCUACCGCGACUCCGGAGAUGCCCUGCUGAAGUGCCUGGACACCCGCGGCCCCGGCGAAGGGGAGGCCUGGGGUCUGGCGGCAGACUACCUCGGCAGCACGCUGCUGGUGUACUCGGCCUGCGCGCUCCUCCUGCGGCUGGAGAAGACGAAGCACGCCGCUGGCAGAGCAGCGCCCGACGAGCAAGAGAUGAGGGCGGGGGGGCGCCUGCGCGGCCUGGUCUACUACGACGUGAAGUGCUUCGGGGCCUCGAUCCUCUUCCUGGCCGCCAUCACGGUCUGGAACGUGCUCCUGAGCGGCGCGGCCAGCUGGUGGCCACAGAUGUGCGCCAACGUGUUCUGGUGCUGCGUGCUCUACUCCGUCCUCUCGCUGCCCUUCUUCCUCUUCACCAUACCGGGCGUCCAGACGCUCCUCACGCACUGCGACCCCACGGGCCACAACGCGCACGGGGCCUGCGUGCUCUGGAGGCCGCUGUCCAGGAAGGAGACGCCGGCGGCGGAGGGGGCGGCCGAUCCCCUCUCUGGGUCGGCCCUCCAGGACUGGCACUACCGGAUGGGAGCUCGGCUCAUGGCCACGCUGGAGCGCGGGCGCGAAGUGCGCCUGCAGGGCGGACAGGCGGACAACCCGGGCACUUGGAAUUACACGGCGAUGGAUCUGUUCCAUGGCAUCCAGAGGAGGAGGAGGUCGGGCGGUUCGCCGGAGCGGCGGCGUGCGGAGCGUCUCUCCACCUCUGCCGCCAGCCAGGAGGGCUUCCUCGACGCCCUGCGGCGGAGGCUGGCCACCGCCGACGGUGAGGCGGCAGGAGACAUGCAGCCUGAUCUUCACGGCACCCUGGCACCGCUGGAUUCCGUUCGUUUCUUGACGGAACAUACCCACAAAGAUCCGUCCGGCAGGACGUUGCAUUGCGUGCAGGUGACACCAGAGUCCGUGGGGAGCCUGGACGAGGCCGAGUCCCCCGAGCCUUGGGUGCUCUACAGAUACUACACCGACUUCCGGGAGCUGGCGCGCAGCCUCGGCCCAGAGGCCGACAGCCUGGACGCGAGGUUGCCGUCGAGGAUGAAGGUGGUGACACGCCAGAUGCGGCUCGAGAGGGAGGAGGGGCUCGAGAGGUGGCUCCAGGCCGUGGUGAUCGCGAGCAGGGCGCCGAGCGAGGAGCAGCAGCACUGGGCUGGCAAGGUGGCCGCGUUCCUUACCCAGCGCAAGAGGGACCUCGACGUCGAGGCGCAGAGGCUUCGGGCGGAUGACGAUUCGCCCGCCUCGUCGGACGACGAUGAGCGCCGCAGCGGCGGGCCCGCGCUGUCGGAGGGCGACAUGCGCCACGACUUCGGGAUCUCGUUCCGCACCCACCACUGCGGGGACUGCCAGGUGAUGACCAGGAACCGGGGGUGCGGCCGGUGCGAGAUGCGGCUGUGCAGGGAGCACUUCCUCCAGCACAAUUGCUCGCCCUCUGCGACGGGGCUGGCCGCCGGCCCUCCGCUGCUCGAAGCGAACCUGGUCGCGCCCACUGGGACGGCGGCAGCAGCGCGCACGGCAUCCUCCACCGCCUCGGUUCCCAGCGCUGGGCCGUUCGAGACCUUCGGCUCCCUCGUACGUGCUGGGAAGGAGACCCGCGGCGUGGACGCGGAGAGCGACUACAAGUUGGGCGACUUCUCGCGCGGGGCGCUUUCGAAGAUCAAGGCUCUCACUGGCUAUGCUGCCCCGACGGAGGGCGGUCGCGGAGGGGGCGCUGCAACCAGCAGGCCCUCGAGCUCCCGGACGAGCGCCGAGGCGGGCGCUGCAGGCGCCACGGAGGAGGGCUAUGGACAGGGAGUGUCGAGGGGGCCGCCCAGCCUCAGGGCGAGCGCCGCUGCCAACGCAGCGGGUUCUGCUGCCGCGACAGAGCCGUGCCAUGGGGAGGAAGCGGCGGGGAGCAGGCCGCCGAGUCCCUGGGCGAGCGCCGCUGCCGCCGCGACGCAGCCAGGCCUCGGAGAGGGCGCGGCGGGGAACGGGCCGCCGAGCCCAUGGGCGAGCGCCACCGCAGGCGCUGCUGCGACGGAGCCGGGCUAUGGAGAGGGAGCGUCGAGGAGCGGGCCGCCGAGCCCGUGGGCGAUCGCCGAGGCGGGCGCGGUCGCCGCGACGCAGCAGGGCUCUGGAGAGGGCGGGCUGAUCACACCGCGCCUCGAGGUUGAAUUCUCGCCAUCUGGCGCGAAGGCAGAUGUCGGCCCGCCGCAAGCUGCGCCAGUCGUGGCGCUCGGCUCCAGGCCGCUCGAGACGUCGGCCGCGCUGCUCGAAGCCGGCCUGGCCCCGCCCACUGAGACGGCGGCAGCAGCGCGCACGGCAUCCUCCGCCGCCUCGGCGCCCAGCUCCAGGCCGCUCGAGACCUUCGGCUCCCUCGUGCGUGCUGGGAAGGAGACCCGCGGCGUGGACGCGGAUAGCGACUACCGAUUCGGCGACUUCUCGCGCGGGGCGCUCUCGAAGAUCAAGGCCCUCACUGGCUCUGCCGCCGCGAAGGCGGACGGGGGCGCUGCGCCGAGCGGGCCGCCGAGCCCCAGGGCGGGCGCUGCGGCGGGCGCCCUUGCCGCGGCGGCGCAGGGCCGCGGGGGGGGCGGGCCGAGCCCGCCGCCUCACGAGGAGCGGGCCGCCGAGUCGUAG